AUGCAUGCUUUGGGUGAAGGUGGUUCGAACGAAGCGGCCGUGACGCAACAAGAUAUCGCUUCUAACGCUAAUGAGAGUUGCGUGCUGUGUGUAUGCUCACGAUGUGACAUGCCAAUCCGUGAAAGGUUUGUAAAUCGAGUUCUUGAACGAUCCUACCAUACCGAAUGUUUACGAUGCUAUGUAUGCAAUGAAGCUUUGACGUCGACGUGCUUCAUGAAAGAAGAUUCAUUGUUUUGUAAAGAUCAUUUCUACAAACGUUUCGGCACGAAGUGUACACGAUGUGGAGAUGGCAUCAUACCGGAUUCAGCCGUACGAAAAGCUUCAGGUCACGUCUACCAUGUGGGAUGUUUUCAAUGUGUUGUCUGCAAACGUGAGAUGAAAACAGGAGAAGAAUUCUAUUUGAUUCCCGAAGAUGGACGAUUGGUCUGCAAGAGCGACUACGAGCUAGCCAGGGACAAACCAAUCGACUCAGAAAUGGAUGUAAGCAAUAAGCGACCAAGGACAACAAUAUCAGCUAAAAGUCUCGACACUCUUAAACAGGCUUAUACAGCAAGUAGCAAACCAGCUCGUCAUGUUCGAGAACAGCUAGCAGCAGAGACCGGCUUGGACAUGAGAGUUGUUCAAGUUUGGUUCCAAAACAGACGUGCAAAAGAAAAACGACUGAAGAAAGAUGCUGGACGACGGUGGGGACAGAAUGGAAAUAUCAAAACUGACAGUGAUAGCAACUCACCUUCAGGAAGUGUGACCGGUCAAAGUCCUGUCUAUGGGUUCUUGUCCAAAAGAUUAAAGUGCCAAUAUCGUAGCUUGCUUAGUCAUCCAUACAUUUUGUUGGCACAAGCAAGAACAGCUUUUCCAAAAUUAUCUAUGCACUUGAAAAUCUUGAGUAGAAUAGUAAAUCUAUGAGAAAAUCUUGGAUCUUCUCAAAAGCUCUGUGAUCAGUCACCUACCCAGGUACCUCACUUUUCAAUUCCAAUGGUUCCAUCAGUUCCACAAGAACACCAAUUCUACAUGCCAGCUCCACAACCUGUUCAGCCGCACCUCAAUAAUGUCGCUCUUACCGGCUUAAUGCAUAACUAUCUGAUUUAA